UCAUAGGAGAUAGGACAAUCAUUCGAUCUUCAAAGUUCUUCGUCAACGGUAUAAUUAUUUUUCCUCCAUUAAAUUUCCAGUCAGUUGUUGCGAAAUGAUAUGAUAUCCCUCAAUUCAAGCACGAGAAUUUUGGUGCUUGUAUAAGUUCGCUGAAUCUUCGUUUGAUCCACGAGAUUUGGCCAUGUCUGUUGGUAGUUCUACUUAAUGACUCAAUUAACUCAAUUUAUUUUGUAGAUAUUCAUAUCCUUGCUCUACUACCUGUUUCGCCCAGUCAAAAAACGAAUUUGAAUGGAUUUGUUGCUUGCUCUUCUUUUUGCGGUUUAUUGUUUAUUGGGCUGCAGCUUAGCCUUUGUACCCAGUUCCAACACCGAUCUUUCUUCACUUCUUGCCUUAAAAGCCCAUAUCACAUCAGAUCCCCUCAAUUUAUUGAUGAAAAACUGGACUGUCCAAACAUCCUUUUGUAAGUGGGUUGGAAUAACUUGUGAUCCGCUCAAUAGCCGUGUCACCGGGUUGAAUAUUUCCAAUAUGCAGCUUGUGGGCACCAUUCCUCCCGAAAUCGGAAAUCUUUCUUCUCUGGUUUUACUAGAUAUGAAUGACAACUCCUUCUACGGUCCCAUUCCGGCCUCCCUCUUCAACUUGUCAUCCAUACAAGUAAUAACUCUGAGAGGGAAUGCUUUGUCAAGUGAGCUACCAACCCACAUGUGCAAACACAGCCUUCACAACCUCAUAUUGCUUCGAAUAUCUUUCACUAAGUUGUAUGGACAAAUACCAUCGAGCUUGGGCCAAUGUUCAAGCCUUCAAGUACUUUCCUUGUACAACAACAGCUUGGUUGGAGAGGUGCCUAAACAAAUUGGGAACUUGACACAGCUCACUCAGUUAUACCUUGGGUUCAAUAGUUUAACUGGUGAUAUUCCAAAAGAGAUUUCUCAUCUUCACAUGUUAAAUUCAUUGUGGAUGGAAUCAAACAAAUUUACUGGACCAUUACAUCGAGAAAUUGGGAAUUUGACAUUCCUUAGAGAAUUAAUCCUUUACAACAAUAAUUUAACAGGUAAUAUUCCUAGAGAGAUUGGUCAUCUUAAUAGUUUAGAAACAUUAAGCAUGGCAUCCACCGGACAUAACGAAUUGAUUCCAAAAGAGAUUGGCAACAUGACAGCCCUUCGUCAUAUAUACCUCGAUAACAAUGCAUUGAAUGGUGCUAUUCCACAUGAGAUUGGACAGCUUACCAAUUUACUAACUUUGUCCAUUGAUUCGAACAAGUUGGCGGGCUCUUUACCGUCGACCCUUUUUAACAUGUCUUCUGUGAAGUAUAUUUCAUUGAGUCAUAACACACUAAGUGGGACAUUGCCAAGAGAAAUUGGUAACAUGAAAGAGCUCCAAGAAUUAUACCUCAUCAACAAUACUUUAACCGGUGUGAUUCCAGAAGAGAUUGGUGGACUAGAUAAAUUAGUUGCAUUAUACAUGAAUCGCAACAAGCUCAUCGGCCCUUUGCCUCGAGUCUUCAAGUUGAAAUCACUUACAGCAUUAUCUCUCAACAAGAAUGCUUUGACUGGUAUGAUUCCGGGGGAGUUGUUCACUGCCAAUAUUAAGAGUAUUGAUCUCUCCGAUAACCAUUUCCAAGGUUCCAUACCGCCAGCUAUUGGAAGAUCCCUCAACUUAACUUAUCUCAACGUGGCGAAUAACAAUCUCUCCGGUUCUAUACCUUCCACCAUUUGCAAAUUGAGAUUCCUUGAAUUCCUUGAUCUAUCCAACAACCACCUGCAGGGGCCACUUCCCAAGUGUUUAGGAGAGCUGAGUAAAUCCUUGCAAGUUCUGCAUUUGAAGUGCUUGAAUUUGUCUCGUAACAAUCUCAAUGGGAAGAUACCAUCAUCUAUUGGAAAUGCGAAAGGAUUGGAAUCAUUAGACUUGUCUUCAAACCGAUUGAAUGGAGAGAUUCCUCAGCAGUUGACAAUGUUGAUUUUUCUUUCUAAGUUAAAUCUAUCGGUGAACGAUCUUGUUGGAGAGAUUCCUCAAUCCGGCUGGUUUGGGAAAUUUGAUAAUACCUCAUUUAUUGGGAACCUGGGAUUAUGCGGAUUUCCACUGACUAAAAAAUGCAAGCAAGUUAUCAGGUCGCCUCCUCCAGAACGUGAGGAUUCUAAUUUUGUGGAUGAAUUUGGUUAGUGACUGGUGGUUUUGGGUUAUGGAUGUGCUUUCCAGAUGGAAGUUUUGAUAAGUUGUUUUCUCUACAAAAACGACAACUUCCAGGGCAUUAGCAUCCGGGACAAGAUUUGGGUUCGGACCACAAAUCAUGUGUUGUGGUCCCGGCCUGACAGCGUAGCAGGAGUACGGGCAGGCAUACGGCCGCCAACGCGGUGUGAGGCUGCUGUCCGAGCUUGGCAGCGUUGCAGGAGUAGGGGUGUGGCGCAAGCCGGGGCAGGCCAAGGGCCACCAACGCGGUGUGAGGCCGCUGUCUCUGCCUGGCAGCAUUGUAGGAGUAGGGGGGGUGUGGAACAAGCCAAGGCAGGCCUAGGGCCGCCAACACAGUGUGAAGGCCGCGUCUAAAACGUUGUCUGGUCCCAAAUGCGGCAUGUAAUUUUUGGAUUGUAAAUUAUAUUUUAAAUUAAUUUUUGGAUUGUAAAUUAUUUUUAAUCCAAAAAUUUAUAAAUUUCAAUUAUGUA